AUGUUACCACACAAAAAUAUUAUCAAAUCACAACAUAAUACUGUACAAUUUUCUCAAACAACAAAACAAUUUAAUGAAGAAAUUGUUGAUAUUUGUAAUUUACCAGCUGAUGUUGGACAUUGUUUCAAUUAUAUUCCACGUUGGUAUUUCAAUAGUCAAAAAGGAAAAUGUGAACAAUUUUCAUAUGGUUCAUGUGGUGGAAAUAAAAACAACUUCUUUGAUAAAAAUUCUUGUGAGGCUAAAUGUAUUUCUGUAAUUUUACCUAAAGUUUUUUCAUCACUUCCAAAAGAAUGUACCUUUGAAAGGGAUGAAGGAUUUGGUGGUGAAUACCAUCCAAAAUAUUAUUUUAAUUUUAGAAAUCUUCAUUGUGAACAAAUGAUUUAUCAAGGACAAGGCGGUAAUGAUAAUAGAUUUGAUAAUAAAAUUAAAUGUGAAAAUACAUGUAAUAAUAGAAUUCGUGAAGUUAAUAAUCAAUUGAGACCCCUUCCUGUUCAACAACCACCAACAUUUGUCCCACAAUUAAAAGAUAUGGAAAAAUGGAAUAAAGAUAAUAGUUUUAGUUCUUUAAAUAAUAAUGUUAAAGGUAUUAAAAUAGCUGAAAGUGUUGAUAAUCAAGGUAAAACUGGAAUGACAUCAUCAAUAAAAGUUAUUGAAACUGAACCUUCCCAAGUAAGUAUACCUGUUCCUACAUUGGAAAAUUAUCAACAACAAUAUAAUGCUAAACCAUAUCAAACAACAGAUAAUGUCUCUACACCUGAAGUUCAUCAUUCAUCUGUAACAAUUAAGAAUACAAUUGUACCCAAAAAUGGAGGUUAUCCAGAAAUGUCACUUGCUCCCUCACAACCAACUGAUUUUACAGAGACAAGUCAAAGUGCUACUCCUUCAACAACUACAGGUUAUGAAACUGCUGAAACUGUAAAAGAAAAAGAAUCUACCACUUUUACAACAGAAAAAAAAGAAGAAGCAACUGCUUAUUCAAAGAGUACUCAAACAGUAGAAGUAGAUAAUAAAUCACCUGAAGUUAUCACGACAUUCAAAUCUGACAUUUCAACAACAGAGAUGCCUACUUAUUUAUCAAAAUCAGGAUUUGAAGUAAAAGAAUCCAAAGCUGAAGUUAUUACUAGUACAAUUCCAACUGUAGAAAUAAUUAAAUAUUCAGAAACUCCUGAAGUUGUAAAAGAAACAUUGCCAACAAUUUCUUACAUUGAAAAUGUAAAUAAAGUUGUUGAAACAUUAGCCACAGAAAAUGUAGAAACUAAAUCAACAUCUGAAUCACAAACUACACAAGCUACAGUUGAAGUACAAACAGUACCAACAACAAGCCUUCAGACCGAAAUUCCAGUACAAACUCAAACACAAUCUCAAGUAAAAAUUUCUAUUCAACCGCAAAUAAAUACAGUAGCUCCAACACAAUAUACUGAAAAAGUUGAAAUACACUCAACAGAAAAAGUAGAAACACAAUCAACAGAAAAAUAUGUAACAGAAACUGUUCAAUCUACUUUAUCAACAUCAGCUACUACAAAUGGUCCAUCAACAGUUAAUAUCGGAGCUAAUCUAAUUGUUCAAUCAGGUUCUCCUUCACCUGUUAGUAAAACUGAAAUUGUUUCAAAAAUUACAGAAAUUGAAGAUAUUACCUCAGAAGAUCGUAGUAUCAAAAAAUUAGAUAUUAGACCAAUUUCUCCAAGUAAUACAGUUAAAGAGAUACCAACUGAAUCAAUAAAUAAACCAACAACUGAAUUAAUAACUGAGUCAACAACCAUUAAAUUGGAAACUCCAACUACUCCUGAACCAUCUAAAAAUAGUCAAUCAAUUGAGGAUGACAAAGAUUUAUUGGAGACAAAUGAACUUUCUAAAAAAGAUGCAGUUGAAAAUAAGGAUGAAUAUAAAGCCAAUAAAUUAACAGAAAAAAUAAUAAAUAAACUUCCAAAAGAACAACUUCCAAUAGUUAAAGAGUCACCAGAUCCACAAAUAAAUUAUCAAAGUCGAGGAGGAAAUGUAGUUAAUGGAAUAGUUAAUCAACAAAUAAAUAAAGAUACUCAAACUUUAGAAGAACUUGUAACAAAGGUUGAUCCACGUGUUCCAGUAUGUCCAAAUAAAAAACCAGCACUUACAGAUAGAAUUGGAAAUCCAUUGUCAUGUUUACCUGGAAAACGACCAUGUCCAGAAAAAAGUUCUUGUAUCUUUAAUGGUGUUAACUUUUAUUGUUGCCCUUCACCAGAAGAUCCAUAUGAUCAUCAUGUAUUUGGUGGUUACAAUGGUGAAGAAAUUAAAAAUGGUUAUAAACCAUUAACUAAAACAUUAAAUAUACUUUCAAUAGUUAAUCAUGAACCAAUUAAGAGAGCCAAAAGAGAAGCCAUGGGAUUAGAUAAUAUUUAUAAAAGUCUUCGUUUUGAAGGUGCUCCAAUUAAACAAGUUAGUCGUGCUAAUAGAUUACAUGUUAAUGGUAAAAUGUUACCUAUUUGUAAUUUAGAAGUUGAAAGAGGUAAUUGUGAGGAAAAUCAUAUUAGAUAUUUCUAUGAUGCUAGAAUUGAUCAAUGUAGAAUGUUCUAUUAUAGUGGUUGUCAAGGUAAUGGUAACAAUUUUGCUACACAAGUAGAUUGUGAAAGAAUCUGUAAAAUACAAGAACCUGAAACUCCAAAAAUAGUUAAACAGGAAAAAAGUUUUUCUAAUGUUUGUGGUGAAGGAAUGACUCCUUUUGGAGGGGAAAAUCCUUUAGUUUGUGGUAAUGAAAAUGAUUCUAUUGGAUGUCCUGUUGGAUAUUUCUGUCGAAAGGAUGCACCAUUUAUUUGUUGUCCAAAGGUUAUUGAAGAUGAUGAUAUUAAUCAAUUAACUAUUAAAGAUAUUAUUGCUAAAAAAGCAAAUAAAGAAACACGUUUUGCUCCAAAAGUUAAUUCAACAUUUAAUCCAAAUAAAUCAAAUCUUCCACGUUUAAGAACAUCAUCAGGAAUUGUUGUUGCAUCAUCAAAUAACAUUUGCCCAGAUGGAUCAGAUUCUUUAAAAGAAGUUUUGACAGGAAAACCUGUUGAUUGUGGAACAGGUGGAGAUGGUCAUCCAUUGUGUCCAAUUGGUUAUUACUGUUCAAUAGAUUAUUUUACUAAUUCACGUCUUUGCUGUCAAUUAGGUUCUAUUGGAACAAAAGUUUAUGCCCCAAUGAAUGAAUCACCAUUUAUUAAUCAAAAAAAGAAUAAUACAAAAGAGUUAUUUUCAAAGCAAGAACUUCCCGUUAAUGGAGAUAUACCCUCAACAACACCACAAUCUUCAAAACCACUUCCAAUAGCUAUUCCUUCAAUUGUAGAAAAAAAACAUACCGAUAAGGAGUAUGAUCAUAUGAUGAUAAAACCUAUAAAUAAAGGAAAUAACCAAAAAGAAAUGAUUUUAGAAGAAAAUCCAAAACUUUUAGUUGAUGAUACACAAGAAACAAAUAUAAAACAUAUAGAAGAUUCAUCAAUAUUAAUGGUUGAUGAGAUUUCAAUGAUAGAACCAAAAAAAAUAGUUGAUAAAAGUGCUUGUCAUGUAUCUCCAUCAGAAGGUAGAGGAUGUCGUGAAGAUGAACCAGUUCCAAGAACAAAUCUUCAAUAUUUUUAUAGUUUAAAGGAUAAAAAAUGUAAACUUUUCUUCUAUCGUGGUUGUGGAGGUAGCAUAAAUAGAUUUGAAAGUAAAAAGGUUUGUGAAGCACUAUGUAUGAUGGAUUAA